AUGCUUGAGGAUUUUCAAAUGUACCACCCGAAGGCAGUUAGGAAGCAGCGAAGGCCUCUAACUAAGUGGCAAAAUCCUCCAAGUGGUCGUUUGAAAAUCAAUGUUGAUGGGGCUUUUAGAGCUGAGGAGGGGAGUGGAGGUAUUGGGGUAGUGGUCAGGAAUGAUGCUGGUAUGGGUAUUGCUGCUUUGGCCAGAACUUUUCUACAUGCACACUCGGUUCUUAAUAUGGAAGGAGAGGCGUGUAGGGCUGGCUUACUUCUUGGUAUUCACCAAGGUUGGACUGACAUAGAUAUUGAAAGCGACUCUGCCAUCAUGAUUUCUGCUCUCAAUAGUCGAGAGAAGAAUUUCUCUGAGGUAAGUCGAGUUUUAGAUGAUUGUAGGGAGUAUAUUACUGCUUUUCAAUCCGUUAGAAUUCGUCAUAUUUACCUUGAAGCAAAUGGUGUAGCGGAUAGACUUGCUCACCUUGCUAGUAGUGGUUUUAUUGAUGAUGUAUGGUUUGAUGAGACACCUGCAAUUAUUCAGGAUGUUCUCUAUGAGGAUUAUUGCAACUGUUCUACUGUAGCUCAGGGUUCAGGUUUUAUGUCCCCCCCGAUGCAAAAUUCUACUAUUAAUUUAAUAAAUAGAACCGGAUGUGGGGCUGAGCCUCCCAGCUAG